AUGGCAAGUGGUACCAGCGACACGCAAACACUAGCCUUGAAGCUGGAUGCAGACUCAGUGCGGCAAGGUCCAUUUGAAGGCUGCAGUUUCCACGUCUUUUGGGCGAAGGGUCGUGGACCAACACUUGACUGGGUACCAAAGGAGUACCAGUUGUGUGACCUGUACCAUGCGUUGCUGGUUGAGGAUGAAUAUCUUUUGGACACCUUCCGAGUGCAGCCACCCCAAUGCCGGAUCUUCCCCGUGGAUCCCCAUGAGGCUCCGGAUGCGCCCAUGGUGCCUUUGCCAUGGGCACCAGGGGAGCCUUUGCCCCGGGUCACGCGAGCAGUGUCCUUCCACGCGUAUAGUGUGUACUCGGCAGAAGCCCAGACAAAUCCCCAGAGAUGGCUGCAGGAUCCAGACUACUGGAAUAGCUUUUUCAUGGACCUCUCACGUCAAGAUAUGCUCACGGUCUGCCUCACAGAAGAGGAUUGCAAGGGUGACCAGGCUCCCUACCGGCUGAUGUUCUGGGAGGAUAUCAGCUACGAGUUUCUGGAGUGCAUUGCUCGUGGCAUUUCGCCAAUUUGGUUUGGAACACCCUCCAUCUAUGAGUACUCAGAACGCAAUGUACUGCUCACGCGCUGGCGCUUUGAGACAGCGGAGGAGAUGGUGGGCAUCAUCCAUACCUUAUCCUCACCCGAGGCGACCAUGCCAAAGCGAAUUACAGGACUCUUCUACAAGAGUCCUGAUGAAGACCAGUCCCAAGGUAUUCUGGAGCAUGGCACGCGCGUCUUCAUGGAGCGGCAAGGAAACUAUUUCCUGAGCCGCUUGUAUUGGCGCCAAGAUCCCCGCGUGCGAGCUCUGUUGCUGGCCAGCGCCGCGCAGCGACAGCAGUUGCUUCAGCUCUCGCACUCCGAGGAUUCUUCAUCCUAUGUGAUGGAGCUGGUGGUUUGCAUCGCCUCAGCCGUUGGAAACCGGCACUUGAGGGACAUCAUUCGGCAGACGUGGGGAAGCGAGCCCAUGCUUCGCACCCACUUUGGCCUGGUGCGCUUGAGGGUGCUUUUCUUCCUGGGGCGGGGAGAUGAAGCUCUGGACGAACAAGCCCAGCUACAAGACGUUGUGCUGCUACCAGAGCUGGAGGAGGAUUUUGGAAGUAUUUGGCUGAAAACUGCGGCCAUUCUGAAGUUUGGAGGGGACUAUUUCAAGGCCAGAAGACUGAGGCCAAAGGUAUUGAGGCGCCACUUGCGUUUCCUGAUCAAAUGCGAUGACGACGCUUUCGUGGACAUUGACACUGUGACGGCUGACCUUAUUGCCAGUGCGCCCGUAGGCCUGCUGUGGGGCCAUGUCAUGGCAUUGGUAGAGCCCAACCGCAUUGCCUCCGACAAGUACUUUGUUCCCCAUGAGGUCUACCCAAUGCAGUAUUACCCACCUUAUGCCCGUGGAAUGGCCUAUGCACUGUCAGAGGAUGUGGUGAUCCCUUUAGGGACAGCUCUCUUCGAUGGUCGCCUAGAGCCGUUUCCCUAUCGAGAAGAUGUUUCAGUGGGCUUAUACAUCCUCGAGCUGGCAAAGCGUGGUGAGGUGCGUGUGGUUCCACACCAACGAAAGGAUGCCAUGCCACUGGACUUCAAAGAACAUUGUGCUGGACCAAAUGCCCACUUACCUGUCAUGGUCAUGCACCGUCACCUGGCUGAGCCUGGUGGUGAGAAGGUUUUUGUUCGAUUGGGUUUUGCACGCCUUUGCAAACCUUUGCGCACAGCUGCAUACCUCCAUGUGUGUAGGCUUCAAUCCCGCUAG